AAACAGCACACAGACCCGAACAGUUGAUAUGGCUUGCUAAGGUAAUUGCUCCAUUCUGAACUGCAUGAGAACAGAACUGACACAACAGAUCUCAAGAAACCAACGAGAUAAAAAUGCUUUAGCAAAGUCCCAGGGACCAUUCACACCAUCUUUUCUGACUGAUCUUAAUCACUGUUUCCACUGGAGGUCAGCUGUGUUACCCAAUCCAAAAAGGAAGAAAAAGAAAGGAAAAGGAGUGUCUUUACUCCAAGUGGCGAGCUGCACGGGGACAUGUGAGACGGUGUUUAAAGGAUUUUCAGACUGUUUGCUCAGCCUCGGAGAAAACAUGGUCAACUACCCCCAGGAGCUGGACGACACGGAGAACCUGCGGACUAUCUGCUCAUACUGGGAUGACUUCCAUUCAUGCGCCUCCACCGCAAUUGCAGAUUGCCAAGAAGGAGCUGUAGACCUUUGGGAAAAGCUCAAAGUGCAAUCGAGGAGUCUAAACUACAAGGGGAGCCUGUUUGAACUGUGCUCAGGAGAUAACGGCGCAUCCAGACUUGGUUUAACAUGGAACCUGGAACUGACAGUUUUGUCCAUAGCAGUCUCCAAACUGGUGGCAUGGCUCAUUUUUUGAAUGAGAACACCAUCAAGCAAAUGGCCAAAUGGAUCAGCUGAACCCUUUUCCUGAAGAAAUCAUCACAUCACUUGUUGUUUAGGUGCACAAAUGGAGAUUCUGUAUCAAAUGAUGCAGGGUUUGGGGAAAGAACCCAAGAGCCAUGCCAUUGGAUACCUUAUAUGGCAUUUGAUAUGGAAU